UGAAAACAGUCAACUUUUAUUUCUUCAUCCACACGCCAAGUUAGGGAGCAACAGCAACAGAAUAACCACCAUGGAUAAAUCCGACCUCCUAAUAUACGCCAAGGAGUAUGCGACCACGCAGGAUCUUUACGAGCUCUUGGGCGUGACAUCAGACACGCCCAAAGAAGACAUUCACCGCGCUUGGCGUAAGCGUAGUUUGAAAUACCAUCCCGACAAGGCGGGAGCCAACUUCGACCCGGCGAAAUGGGAACUAUUCGAGCGAGCGCGGGACGUGCUGUCCGACGCCCCAGCACGCGAGGUGUACGACUCCCAACGGUCCGCCGCCCUGGCACGCGAGGAACAGCGCCGCGCCAUGGACGCCAAGCGACGCGCCAUGGUAGAGGAUCUCGAAGCGCGAGAACGCGGCGCCGUUAAGCGUCCCCGCGGCGAGGGCGACGGCCCCACGAUGAGCGAAGCCGAGAGGAGACGGCUAGUCGAAGCUGGGAAGCGGCGCUUAGAAGAGAGGCAGAGAUUGAUGAGGGAAGCCGAAGAGAGAGAGAAAGAACGGGAAAGAGAACUCAAGGCACAAGAAAAUAAAAGGGUCCAGGAAAAGGCACGCCCGUUAAAUAUAGAGGAACAAAGCGGUCGAAGAGCAACGCUAGACGCGACGAGUACGACCGGGUCCAAAAUGGAUAUCGACCCGGAACCGCCAGCGAAAAAUGCCGACGGCUACGACGACCGGAUCGCAGACCUCGAGCGGCGGUUACAAGAGGCGCGGCAGCGAAAAGCCGCCAAGAAGGAAAAGAAGGCGGGGCGGAAGAACGGUGACGAGAAGCCCAGCAAGACAUAUGAGGCUACUACACCCGAUAUCUCGCAAGAACCACAGGCUGACGAAAAGAAGGACACUUCCUCCCCGGGGUCGGCGAAGACUUUUUCCUUCUCCACCUCCACAGUCGCCUCCACGUCUACCAACGGCACCGCUGUUGCUAGUACCAAGCCCCGCGCCAAAGGAGACUUCUCGUCGACGAUGGCGAGGCUGCGCGCCGCGCAGGCCGAGAAGGAGGCGAGGAAAAAAGCGGAAGAAGCUGCCGCAGCUUCUGCUUCUGCUUCUGCCGCCGUAGACGGGGUUGGUACUUAGCUUAGUGACGGAGAACCCGUCUUUUCUGUCCGAAUCGCUGCCAUCGCUCUCGCUUUCCUCUUUGAUACAAAUUAUGAUACCCCCAGCUUUAUAUAUAUAUACCUUACCUUAGGUAUAUACCUAAGGUAUGCACCUACAUAAUAGAGUCCACAUAUAUGAACCACGUAUGCUAGAAUAACAGCAAUGUUGCUUAGGUUGCCCGUAAUAAAUAAUAGGUAUACU